GAGCAUGCGCACUGCAUCGCUUCUACGAGGACGGGGAGGACAUCACGGAAAAAACGUAGCAGAAGCACCACAAACCCCACGCCGAGAUUUGGCUUCUCCGCUGCGCCAAAACUGCGCGACCAACGCGACCCACGACUAUGCCCGGUGCGGCAGUAAAGUGCGGGACGACCACUUGACAGGCCUGGCCGAGGUCUGAGCCGUUGCCGAGGAGGGGAAAUACAUUUAUUCAUAUGGGAGCAGCAUGCGGGAAAUGGUCGGAGGUUGCUGCGUGUGUUCAGACGAGCGAGGCUGGGCUGAGAAUCCGCUGGUGUACUGUGAUGGACACGGCUGCAGCGUCGCCGUUCACCAAGCAUGCUACGGCAUCGUCCAGGUUCCCACCGGUCCAUGGUUCUGCAGGAAGUGUGAGUCACAGGAGCGGGCUGCGCGCGUGAGGUGUGAACUUUGCCCCCACAAAGAUGGAGCCCUUAAGAGGACGGACAGUGGAGGCUGGGCGCAUGUGGUGUGUGCGCUCUACAUCCCUGAGGUGCAGUUUGCCAACGUUCUCACCAUGGAGCCCAUCAUCCUGCAGUAUGUCCCACAUGAGAGAUACAUCAAGACAUGUUAUAUCUGUGAGGACCACGGGAGGGAGAGCAAAGCAGCCUGCGGAGCCUGCAUGACCUGCAACCGACAGGGCUGCAGACAAGCUUUUCACGUCACCUGUGCUCAGAUGGCUGGUCUGCUGUGUGAGGAGGAAGGUCCAGAAGCUGACAACGUGAAAUAUUGUGGUUACUGCAAGCACCACUACAACAAGAUGCAGAAGAAGUUGCGCUCCAGUGAAAACACGAGUAGCUCCUUCAGUCAUUCCAGGGGGCGCUCUAGCUCUCCGUCACAGGAAAAACAUCACCACCACAAACAGAGGAAGAGUCAUAAGGAAAAGCUUCGGCAAAAAGAGCGGCACAAGAAGUCCUCUGACAACAUGAGCUCCUCCAUGACAGCCAGCAGCAUAGAAAAGAUCUCCUCCAGUCAUCACAGCAGCAAGGACAGUGAAGGGAAGUCGAAGAAGCUGAGCUCCCACAGUCAUGGUCAUCGCAGUAAGAAGACAGGAAGCACUGGCAAGAGCUGUUCCUCUUCCUCCUGCUCCUCCAGUCCCUUCAACACAGGAGGAGGCACGCUGUCCGCUCCUCAGGAUUUCCAUCAGCUUUCAUCUUCCUCCCGCCUGGACCGAGAUCGUGGAGGCGACGACCACAGCGGAGAGGAGCGUAAGGAGCGUCACAGGAGGUCUGCAGUACACGAGGAGGAAGAGGAGGAGGAGGAUGAAAAAGAAGAUGACAAAGAUGAGGAGGAUGAAGAGGAAGAAGAGGAUGACACUAAAUACCACAAGCCACCAGCACUGACUCCUGUUGAUGGCCCACUAGCAGCUUCACAGAGUCACGACAGGUCAGAGGGCAACUCCAGCCCCUUCGAAAACAAAGUCACCAUCUCCACCUUUGGGUCCAUUAUGCGCAUCACCUCUUCAUCAGGACUGGGCAGCAGCACCAAGAUCCGCAAGAUCACCACAUCAGGUGACUACAAGCCCUCCAAGUCUCUCUGCAAGCCAUCGCAGCUCAGCACGCCACCUAUAUUAGAAGAGGCGGACCUGAAGGACAAGACCACGCCUCCUCUGCUGCCCCGCGAACGGAGACACCGUGGCAGCAAGAAGAGCCGCCACGGCCCGGGACGCCCACGGGGGAGCAAGAACCGAGAGAGGAGGGAGGAGGAUCAUCACCACCACCAUCACCACACGCCGCCUCCACCCCCAGCCUUAACCUCCUCACUCUACACAAGCCCGUCCUCCAUGCCCCAACCUGCCUUCCCCUCCACUCUUCUUCCCACCACCUCUUCCUCUUCUUUCUCCUCCUCCUCUGCCGGGAGUUUUUCUACAGGCCGCCUCAACUCGCUGCUCAGCUCUGGUAUUUACUCCAGUCUCAAGGACCCUCUCACACUGGGUGGGGGUGUCUGCAGCACCCCUCUCUCCAUAGGUGGAGGGAUGUGUAGCACCUCCUUGUCCCUGGGAGGGGGCAUGUGUAGCACCCCUCUCUCCUCAGGACUGCUUUCAUCCCACGUCCCCUCGCUGUCUCUUCCAUCCAUUAACACCGUCUCAAACACACAGAUCCAUCCAGGUUCCAGCACCUCCUUCAGCCUGACCUCAUCUCAGCCUUUCGCCAGCUGUCUGCCCACAGCGUCGACGCUGCCGCCACUACUGAGCCAAGCCCAGACCUCACUGCCAGAGUCUGACCUCGAUGACUGUCGCUUCCCGUGUCAGGGAAACUCGCCGAGAGAGAGUCUUUCCUCACAGUCUCCCAUGAGCUGUCUUCCUCUUCUGUUUGACCAGAGAGACGGGUUGAGCUCCGGAGUCAGAACCCGUCCUGAGAACGUCCCCCCUGCCAGCUCCCACAUUGAGCUUCUGUUGGAAAAACACGGCAACGGAGAGAUGGGAGUCAACAUUGUGGAGAUGCUCCAGUCGCUGCACUCCCUGCAGCAGGAGAACCAGCGCCUCCAGGACCAGAUCCUCAGCCUGACGGCCAAGAAGGAGCGGCUGCAGGUGCUCAACACUGAGCUGGCCGUGCCUUUCCAACCUCACCUUCAUUCCGCCCACACCUCCCUCCACUCGUCCACCCAAAUCAGCUUCCUUUCAUCUUCUCAAGACCCCCUGAGCACCAAUAAGAGUCCCCUCUCCAAAAGCUGCUUCCUGAAUGACACCUCCUUUGUUACCUCAUCAGAGGAGCUCCACUCUGGUAGUCCGUCCCGCAGCAGCUCGUCGCUCUCCUUCCAGAGCACCCCCCCUCCUCAGCAGAGCCCCGCCUCCUUCGGCCAGCCCCUGCUGAAUGGGUUGGGUCGGGGUCUGUCUGAUGGCCUGGGGAGCAUCAGCCAAGGAGGCGGCUCUGCUCUGCCUGUAGUGGGUGGGCUCAUGGCGUCCCUCACAGGAAGUCCUCACCUGACAGUAAAUGGUGUCCUGGGCAGUCUGAACGGUGUGAUACAGUCUCCCGCUCAGAACGCUCCACAGCCGACACUCCCAGCUCUCCAUCCCCAGCCUCCUCCGCUCAAUCCCCAGACACUGGCUCAGGGAUUUCAGCUUCCCAAGAGCGUGAGCCCGUCCUCCCUCCUGUCUGAGCAGCAGAAGCAGCUUCUUCUCGAGCAGCAGCAACAUCAGCAGCUCCAGCAGUUUCUCACCUCACAGAACUUCACGCCGGAGCAGCAGGUGGUGGUGUGCCACAUGUUGCAGCAGCAGAGGCAGAGGGAGCUGCAGCGCCUCACGCUGACCGGAGCGCUCGCCUCCACCCCCAGCUCACCCAUGAUCGCCCAGUCACCAAACCUGCUUUCCUCGGCUACAGCCUCACCCCUGCAGGGCAGCCAAGGAGGCGGCCUCUUCGGCCUGCAGGACAAUGCACUUCACAAGCCCGGGGCUGCAGGAGAGAAGGGCGGAGACAAGAACGGCUGAUGAGACCCCGGCUAGAGCAGCUCAGAUGGAGACAUCAGGCAUCACCUGCCACCAUGAAGAACUUUCCUCGUCAUCGUCUGCAUUUGACAAACCUUUUAUGAAUGUAUAACAGGACGUCAAGGUGGAUUUUCUCGUGUUUUGAAACUCUUAAUUCUUCUUUGUAGGUUUCUUUUUGUUGUUUUUUUGUAGGCAGCUUUCAGAGAGCAUACGGUGGUCUCUCUCGUUAAAUUGCACUAAUUUGUUAGCUCGACCAAGGAGGCUGCUGAUGAAGGCAGAGCCUGAGCAGGAGCUGUGUGAACUUCGUAUUUCAACGUAUGAACUGAACAUCAGAGUUUUAUCUCUGACUUUUCAAGCACUGACCACUCAUGAUCUCCCUCCACCACUGAAACCAGCGUUUCCAGUCAGUCAGCAAGGAACACAGACUUCUGCCACUUUUUUUUCCAACCUCAACAGUCUUCCUUUAUAUUUCGUCUUCCCUUUGUGUUUCCCCCCAACAGAUCUCCUCUACCUUAUUACUGAUAAUGUAAAGAUAAGUAGUCCUGUUGAUGUGUUGUUAGCGGCAAUCAUCAUUAAGCUAGUUAUUACCUCAACCUUUCUGCCAGCUGGUUUCUGUUAUGUUUUGUGCAGACCUUUUUACCACAACAGCCUUCAGUGGAUAUAACUGCCCACCCAGAAAACGGUGGCGUUCACUCUGAGGUUGUGUUUAAGUGAAAGUGUGCGACAUCAACGUGCAAGCGCUACGUUUUAUUCCAAACCAUCGCCAGAGUUUUAUAUCCUUCCAAGUUGCUGUCGAGAUUAAACAGACAAAACCAAACAUUUGGAUACUUAAAACAAAAUAACUGCUUUUCCUAAACAAGUGUGCACUUUGCAUGUUAGUAACUAACAGCUAAAUUAGCCAUCAUCAAAGUAUCUUAUAACAGAUGCUCAGCGCUUCGUAGGCCGCUAGGGCCGCUAGGUUUUUGAUUUGCCAGUUUUUUACACCGUCUUGGAGCUUUUUUGUGUUGCAUUCACAUGCUUAACUCUCUAGCUCUUCUUUUAGCAAUACUGGAUAGAUAAUGCCUUAAUGAUGGUAGAUUAACAGAGAAAAGCAGGAGCUCUUUCUUUCAAAGUGUUUUUACUCGGGCUCAUGGAGGAGUUCAUUAUUAAAUGAAAGCAAACUUCUUAAACCUGUUUAUACUUUUGAUAGCUGAAACGUGUAAAUAACCGUGCAGUGGUGACUACAAGUGUCGAAGCAUUUUUCUAUCGUAACUUUGUGUUCAGACGCAACCUUCUUUAACUGUUUGUGCUACAGACCUGAGAAACGAGGGACCAGUGUCGGCGUUGCAGUGCAGCCUCAGUGGUGUCAUAGGAGAAGUGAAACGCUUAAAAAGUGUGACUGUUACUUUCGUUACUGUUACUAACUUUCGUUGGUUCCUCUCACCAAACUUUUCUGAUAUUUUUCUCACCGUUUAUUGUCUUGAACUCGGCUCUUCCUCGUGUUUAGUUUGGUUUCAUUUGCAGCUCAUGUAUUGGUCGGCUGGUGAUAAAUACUGUAGCAGUGACAGAAGGAGAAUGUCGGCGAUGUUGAUGGAAAUGGUGGAGCGAAGGAUUUCUGAAGCGGUUUCUUAUGUUGCACUGGGGCGCUUUGAGCCCAAUUGUAAAUCGUUUUUUAGUACUUUUUUCAAUUUUUGUUGGAAUACAAGUUGUUUACUUUAAUAUGUUUGUGAAAAAACACAUUCAUUCUUUUAAGCUUUGAGGUCUGGGUAACCAAGAUAAUCCAUGUCAUGAAUGUCGUACUGUGUAUCUUUUAUGUCUUUACAACAUUUUAAAGCACCUGGCUGUGAAUGAAGCUUCAACUAUUGGGAUAUGACUUGCAUGAAAUGCAGUGACGUCUCUCCAAUGUAUCGCUAAAUACCAAGUAAUAACUAUGCAUAAUUUUAAAUGCAUUGUUCCCUGAAAAUGAAAAAAAUGAGCACUGAAUUUUAAAAGGACAAGCACGUUGUCAUUGUACAGUGUAUUUGUUUGAUGAAAUGGAUUGAAACCUAAUUUGACAAUAUUCAGAUUAAAAACCCUGUAAAGUAUUUUGAUAUUUUUGUGUGUAAAAUUAAAAAGGACAAAUUAAGACUACCUUUUUUUGUCAAUAAAUGUA